AUGGCCGGAAAGAGCGACACAGAGAUCAUUGUCGCCAUAUCGGCUCUUGCCAUUGCCGUCUUCGCUGCCAUUGUCGCCAUCGCCCAGGCCGUCCAGCAGUACUUCAUCACCGGUCAGCUCAUCCGCCUUUGCGACAGCGUCGUGUUCGGCCCUUUACCAGGCCAAGGCCGUCGCAUCUGGCAGCUAUCGCAGUUUCGCUUCCGCGUCGUAUAUAGCUUGCCCCUGUUCGGCAUCGACCCAGAGAUAUGGCCCGCGUCUGCGGCGCCUGCUUUUUCAGGUGCAAAGAUGGGCAAGAGAGCGCUUCCUAUGGGCAUCGGGGGCCGGCGCGAGAGAGGUCCGCUUGCGGCGCUCCCUCACAGUUCGAAGAAGAACAAGGUGGCGGAUCUAGCCAUUUCGUCCGUGGGCGAGGCGUCGUGGGCUUCGUUUUGCCGAGCCGUGUACCCCUCAUGCCAGAGCUCAUUACUCUUCUGGUUCGUCAAUGGUGACGCCGAUAGGUGCCCGACGGAUCUUCCGACGAUUCCCAUGCCUGUGUCCCUGCGCGACGCCGCCGUCCUAGCCUUAAUGACGGGCAUGGAGUGCACCGCUGCCAACUUCGAGCGCGGGUCCAUCUCCAUGCGUGGCGAGGCCGGCACCAUUACGAGCGCGGUACAUCCCAUCCUUGGCCCCAUCAUCCACUUUGCGCCAGGCCAGAACGAGUCAAACUACUCCAUUGGCUUGCCGGGCCACAUCUCUAAGGACUGGCUCUGGCGUGCCAUGGAUAACUGCGUCGUCGCGGGAAUUCACUAUAAUGCGCGUGGGCGGCGAGGUGUCGAGAUUGAGCGGGGGGAUCUACCUUCCUUGGGGGGUGACAUUGUUGUGGAGACGCGGAAACCGUCAACCCGAUUAGUUAUCUUUCCAAGGGAAAGGGCGGGUGGAAAUUCUAAAGACGAAGACGCCGAGGUAGAGGGGGAAGAAGAAGAGCAGAAGAAGAGCAGAAGAAGAAGUGGCAGCAACAGCACUAGUAGUAGCAGUGGUAUUCUGGAAGUGCCAACCAUCCAACGAAGCAUCCGAGGGGACAGACCUAAUCGCGACGGCGCGUGGCACCUCAUCUCCCGCCCACCCUCGGGCAUCAUCUACCCGGAUACGCACCCCGACCUCCGCUGGGAACAUACGCAGCCCGAUUUCGGGACACUGAAGAUGAGCGUGAACAAGUACCACCGGUCACACCAUGACCCCAAUCGGCCGACGUACACGCGCAUGUCGCUCAAGUACAUUUCGUUCGAGACCCUUAAUAAGUUUGGGUUUGCCUAUGAGCGUGAUAAAGAUGAUCCCGGGUACGUGCUCAUUUUCCAGUGGGUGCCCGAGAGGCUCCAGGACAUACUGUGGGAGGAUACUCGGAAGCGGAGGCUCCGGAGAGGCAGGAGCUUCGACAAGCAUAAUCCGGAGACCACUCCAGCGACCGCGCCGGGUCUUUCUGACCCUUUGGUUCCACCCGGGCCACCACAUUCACAAAAGCCGAAGUUAUCGCCAACAGGGGAAGCUCAUCUCUCACAUGCUCCUGGUGCAAACCAGGCCCAGUCCUGCGGCCCGCCAGGUCUAAACGACAAUUCCGCCGCUCAGAUCGAUGGGCGGAUGGAGAGAGCCGAAGCCGAUGCAGCGCUGCCUCCAAGGCGGGUCUCGACCCCACGACGUGUUCCCGACGCUGCGAAUCGCCGCUCUAGAUUUGCCUCAGGCCGGUUACGGCGGAGGAACGUCAGGAAAAGCACAAGCCUGCCCGAAGUAUCAUUGUCGCGACUUGGGGAGCAGAUGGAUGAUGUGGAGUUCGGGUGGGCUACUGCUUCUGCAAGCAGCAUCGCUGAACCAAACGAUGACCGCGAUUUAGGGGCACGGGUAGAGAAUCAUCACUCCGAGACUGAAGACGAGGAUAAAGCUGCGCACCUAAAUUCUAAUAACCCCCAAAUACGGGGGUUUUUCGCUACACCACCCAGUUCUCGCGGCAGUGACCUCUCAUUGAGGGCGAGGGAGCAGCUGGAGCGAAAGAGGCGUGACGAACAGCGAUUCAAGCGGCAGAUCCGCCAGAGAAAAAUGAGCGAGCAGCUGGGUCGCAUCAGCUGGUUCUGGCUCUCGCAAACUGACAUCAUCCCAGGCUACUGGGCCACUCCUUGGCGGUGCUUCGGGGACCUAACGUCCAACGUCUGCGUCGGCGCUGUACAGAUCCUCAUCGAGGCCCUUAUCCACAGGAUCAGUGCUACAGCGAUCCACUUCGAACCCUUUACCGAUGACGAGCCGAACUGUGCGCUUGCGGGCACGAUUGAUUGGAUGCGUCAGGGAAAGUCUACAUACCCCGCGUACGCCUACGGGGCCGAUGGUGGUGUCGUCUGCUCGGGCGGCUAUGUCUCCCUCUCCACCCUAAAUUUCUCCCGCCACAUCCCCGCCGUGCCGCUCCUCGACUCCCUCUGGCACCAAGUCAACAACGUCGAGCAAAAAGCCAAGCGAGACUGCGAGCGCCGGAUCCUCGAACUCAUGCGUCUCGACGCGUGGCUCUCCAUUGUCGGACGCACGCCCGAAAUCUCCAAAGGUCACGGGAACCUCCUCGAGCUCGCGGCCGCCUACGUCCAGCAGCUCAUGGACGAGUUCGAGCAGGACUUCCUUGACGUGCAUCUCGGGGGCGAUGACGAAGGGGCGGAGAUGAACCACGCGGUGUGGGAGAAUAUUGUGGAUUUCUUGGAGGACUAUCGUCUCACGGAUGCCGAGAUGUUUUAUGUCAUUGUUGCGACGCUGCGGACAGUUAAGGUUGGGCUUUGUAUCUUGACGGGGUCGGAUACGUCCAUUUUGGGGGAGAUUUUGGAGAAAGAUGUUCAAGUGCAUUUAGUCUAG